AUGCCUGUAUACCAGUGCAGGGAAUGCUGCCAAGUGAUCCGGAGGCGGGAUUGCCCUAAAGAGUUGCAUAAGUGCGGAACCACCAAGUGUCCGUCUUGCGGCCAGUUUGUCGUGGCUGCUGAGCACCGUUGUUAUUUGCGACGUGUUGCUCCGAAGAAGUCCGAUGACAAGCUCAUCUUCUUUGACUUCGAAACGGAUCAGUCUUCGGGGGAACACCUCGUAAAUUUCGCGGUGGCUCAGUAUGCCGACGGCACAGAAAAAGUGUUUCCGGGCUACACGGCAUGUCAAAACUUUUGCGCCUGGCUGUUCUCCACAGAUCACAAGGGCUUCACUGCCGUGGCUCAUAACAUGAAAGGGUUCGACGGACAGUUCGUGAUGGCCUGGCUCCUGGAGCAAGGCACAGCGCCGGAGGUGAUCCCUAACGGGUCUAUGAUCAUGUGUUUAAGACACCCUAGUCUGAACAUUCGGGUCAUAGACUCGUUAAAUUUUCUACCGAUGGCGUUGGCCAAACUGCCGGGAUGCUUCGGCCUCAGCGAGUUGAAGAAAGGAUACUUCCCGCAUCUCUUUCAACUCCCGAGAAAACCAGAGUUAUGUCGGAACGCUACCGGAGCCCCACUAUUACAGCCCGGACACCAUGAAUCGGACGUGGAUAUUCUUCGUCGUUGCUGCCUGGAAUUUCGAGCCCAGUUUUUGGAUGUGGCGGGUGUGGAUCCAUUCCAAUACGUGACCAUUGCGUCAGCCUGUAUGGCAACGUAUCGGAGUGGCCACAUUCAGCCCGACACGAUUGCCAUGGUGCCCACACACGGCUACGUCAACUCAACGAAUUACAGCCCUGAUUCGAUCCGGUGGUUGGACUUUGUUGCUGCUUCGGAAAGCAUUGCCAUUCAACAUGCGUUGAACGGUUCCGGAGAGCACAGAAUCGCCGGAAUCUCGGUAGACGGUUUCUGCCAAGCAACACAAACCGUCUAUCAGUUUCAGGGCUGUGUUCUUUCCAUGGGUGUAGUUCGUGCUAUGACGGGUGAUGUCAUUCAUCCACUAAAAGGGGUUUCCAUGGCAACCUUGAGGGAGAAAACAGAGGACACCACACGAAAACUUCGAGCCCAGGGUUUCCACGUCAUAGAAAUGUGGGAGCAUGAGUUUCAGAGAGAAAAAGAGGAAAAUCCAGAUCUCCAAGCUUUCCUGGAUCAACACCAUCUGAGGGACCGGCUCAAUCCUCGCGAGUCAUUUUUUGGAGGAAGGACCAAUGCCCUCAAAUUGUUCCACGAGGGAGACGCAAAAUAUGUGGAUUUUACUUCACUCUAUCCAUGGGUUCUGGCGAGUGAUUCCUCCACGGAAUCUGUAUCUUCCAGUACUGCCCUAUCGGUGCCGGAAGAAGCUGAUGUUCCCCCUGUGUCGGACUUGCGCCCUUCUUCAACUGCAGACUCCGUGUACCCACACAGACGACGAGCGAGCUCUUGUCGGAACGUGGGUAACGGAGGAAGUCAAACUGGCGAAAAAGAAAGGCUACCGCAUCACACAUAUUUACGAGUGUACAUUUCCAGCAUCGUCUACUUCUUGUUUAUUCCUAAAUUGAUUUUUUUGAAGAUUUUUUUCACACAUAUUUACGAAGUGUACCAUUUCCAGGCAUCGUCUACUUCUCUGUUUCGUUCCUACAUUGAUCUGUUUCUGAAGAUCAAGCAGGAAAGUAGCGGAUGGCCUUCGGAGUGUGUGACGGAAGAAGCCAGACUGAAGUACAUUCGCCAGUAUGAAGAAAGAGAGGGCGUCAAGUUGGAGGCCGAAAAAAUAUCGAAAAACCCUGGGCGUCGACAAGUCGCCAAGUUGGCCCUGAACAGUUUCUGGGGCAGGUAA